AUGACGGAGAAAGCCGACCAACUUAAGAAUUCUUUAAAAAUCGCCGUCAAAAGGAGAGGUAACUUACGUCGGAUGUUCACUAAUGAAGGCAAGAAACUCGCUCUAAUCUUCGAUAAAGCUGCCGAAGCCGAAAUUGCGGAAGAAGACAUCGAACAGUUGAAGGCUGGUCAACAAAAGCUUCUUGAUGUAAGACCCGCAAUGAGACAAAUGGACAAAGAGAUUCAAAACCUUCACGCUAUACUGGGAGAGGAGGACACAGAAGAUCAAGAUUUCGUCGACACAGACAAUAUUUCUGAUACGCAUUCAGCCUUGUUGAGACAAAUCGAGAAACUCCUCCUUCGCGCCCAGCAGCUUCAGAGCUCUAAAUCCAUUCCAUAUGCCGAUUCGGGUGUCUCCAAACAGCUAAAACACUCUGCACUGAAGUUACCGAAAAUGGCAUUGCCAGUCUUUGAUGGGGACCGAAGGAAAUGGCUCAGCUUCUGGGAUGUUUUUAAGUCCGAAGUACACGAUGUGAAGGAUAUCUCGAAAGUCACGAAGUUCAACUUUCUGAAGGGCCAGUUAUCAGAACAAGUGAAAAUGAGAGUGGAAGGUAUCAUGGUCACCGAAGACAACUACGAUUUGCUGGUGGACACUCUGCAGGAUAACUAUGGUGACAAAACUGCUAUCAAAAAUGCUCAUUGUGUUGCUCUCGUUACAAUGGUUAAGCCACAGCACACAGCUUCAGCUUUACGCACCUUCUAUGACAAUCUUAUGAGUAACAUGAGGUCUCUUGCCACACUGGAUCUUCCCACAACCAGGUAUGGAGACUUUUAUGUUCCAAUGUUGCUUGAAAAGCUCCCAGAGAAGCUGUUAACCAAUGUUUUGAAAGCAUUGUGA